AUGGGCCUAUAGUGGAUGUAUACGUUCCACUUGAUUUCUACACUCGUCGUCCCAGAGGAUUUGCUUACGUUCAAUAUCCUUUCUUCAGAUGGCUGAUUAGUGAGGGGUGUUGAAGUUUGAAAUUCAAGUUUGUGUAAGAGAGUUUAAAGCUGUACAGUAAUGGCGACCCCAAAGAGAAAGCAUGAAAGAACCUUUAGAGUAGAGUUCAACAAUUGAGGCAAGUAGACAAGCCAAAGACCUCUUAAGGAUCAGGCUUGAAGAGAAGGGAGAGUUUGGGAAAAGAAAAAAUAAAGAAAAGCUGGAAGAAGGACAAGCCAUAAUGGGAGACAAAGCUUCGCUUUAUCCACAAAAGGGGGAAAAGGUUGUUUUUCAAAGUAAAAGAUAAAGCCAUCUGUCAUUUUUGGCCAAGCAUCUCAUGACAAGUCCUUCUGACAAGCACUUAAAGAGUUAAAGGUCAAGAUGAAGUUGAAUGGUGGCCAAGAUUAAAGGAGUCAUACCUGAUGUAUCCUACAGAAUAACAGUUUUUCUUCUGUCUGUCAAAACCUUAACACUUGCCACAUUUGAAGAUGUCCGUGAUGCAGAAGAUGCUCUCCAUAAUUUGGAUCGGAAAUGGAUUUGUGGUCGGCAAAUAGAAAUCCAGUUUGCACAGGGAGAUCGGAAGACACCAAAUCAAAUGAAAGCCAAGGAAGGGAGAAACCUAUACAGUUCUUCGCGUUAUGAUGACUAUGACAGAUACAGGCGAUCUAGAAGUCGGAGCUAUGAAAGGAGACGAUCUAGAAGCCGUUCUUUUGAUUACAGCUACAGAAGAUCAUACAGUCCCAGAAACAGCAGACCUACCGGAAGACCUCGUCGUAGCAGAAGCCAUUCGGACAACGAUAGGUUCAAACACCGCAAUCGAUCUUUUUCAAGAUCUAAGUCCAAUUCAAGAUCACGAUCCAAGUCACAGCCCAAGAAAGAAAUGAAGGCUAAAUCACGGUCUAGGUCUGCAUCUCACACCAAAUCUAGAGGCACCUCUAAAACAGAUCCUAAAACACACUAUAAGUCCAGCUCAAGAUAUGAAAAGGAGUCGAGAAAAAAAGAACCAGCUAGAUCCAAAUCACAGUCAAGAUCACAUUCUAGAUCUAGGUCAAAAUCCAGAUCCAGGUCAUGGACUAGUCCCAAGUCUAGUGGCCACUAACAGUGUAUCCAUGUUGGGUUUAGGCAUGUAAGAUUCAUUUACACAAAGUUCAGUUUACUUAAAUUAUCAGGAAUAUGAUGUUGCAACAGUGCUAAAAAAUAUUUUCUUUGUCAGUUUUCCCUGUAGCCCACAAUGGUUAAAAUUAAAACAGUGUUGAGAAGCCAUUGAGAGCAAGUAAGAGAGAGAGAACGUCCACUUGGUUAAAUGUCAUGGGCAGCUCUGAUCUGGUUGUGGUGUCUCUAUGUAUAUUUUUGUAAAGAUUUGCAUUUUUAAUGCUUAGAUAUUGGUGAUGACUUGAUUGAUCGUAACUUGCAACAUUGUCCUAUUAAAAACAUCACACCCAUAGAGAGAGUGGUACCAGUUUGUGCUGAACAGUUAAACCAGCUGUUUAACUUGUUCUAUAAUGCUAAACUUUGUGAUAUAGCAGAGAACUGGACAGUAGUGCAGCCCUGACUGCUGUGAAAUGCAGACCGGCAGUUUUGAGUUUCCCUUAUUCCAAGGCAGGUUUUGUGUUCUCUGUGCCCACUGACACAAGUAGGUUGGCAAAUGGAGCUCUGUGGAGCAAGCAUGUUGAGAUUUCCCUUUACCCUGCCAUCUGGCGAGAUGGUACUAAUGUUACUUGUACGACAUGGGGAGAGAGUUGGUCUUUGAAAUUCACUCAGAGAUUGUGUAGUGUCUUGACUUGUCAGAGUAGAGGCACCACUGCUUUUACCUGGCUGCUAGUUCUGAAUGUCUGAAGGAAAAACACCUCCAAAUGGAAAAUUAAAUUCAAAUUUCAGCAAGUUGGCAGAGCAACUGAAUAUUAGGUUGUAUGUACAUUUUAUGCAGUUUUUGUAUCUAUUCUAAAUUUUAGUGAGCAGUUAACCAUAAAAUUGCUUAGUUUUACUGCUGUUAGAUACAAGUAGAUUGUUUCGAUUUGUGUGUGUACAGUAUAUAAAAACUAAACUUCUACACCGAUUACUCCUGUGGUUGGUUGAUGUAUUCAUAGAUAUAAAACCGUAGACAUCUCUCUUCCUGAGUAACAAAGGCUUGCUUUUUACAUGUCAAAAAGUAUUGGUCAAGCAAGUCUGAAUCACCUCUUCCUCAGAAUGGAUAGUGGUUUGGUUACUAGAUUUCAUUUUACUUAAGAACAAAUGUUUUAAGUUGGAUAUGAACAAGAGCUGCAUCUCUAGCUAUUUAGUUUAUCACUAAUACAGUAUAUUUAGUAAAUCGAAUGUGAAAAGUAACCAGUGUGUAAUCUUACCAGUAUUUCUCUAGAAGGCAAGAUAAUUUGUUAUGAAAAUGGCUUUUGGCGUUGUUUUUACUAGUUGCCUUCAAAAGCCAGCAUCAAACACCCAGUGUUCCUCACUCUCCUAUGUAGUAGCAUAUAGAGACAUUAAUUUCAAAAAUUCCUUUUUAGAGAAAUGUUCUAGGUUUUGGCUUUAGUGUUUUCAGCAGGGCCUUUGAUGAAAUGCAGAUAGCUUUUAAAUAUUGGCAGCAGAACGUGCUUAGGGGGUUGAUCCUAGAAUCUUUGUACAUUUGAUAGUAUUUCUAACCUUUUCUUUACUGUUUGCAGUUAAUGUUCAUGUUCUGCUAUGCAAUCAUUUAUAUGCACGUUCCUUUAAUUUUGUAGACUUUCCUGGAUGUAUAGUUUAAAAACAGUAAAAAGUCUAUUUAAAACUGUAGCAGUAGUGUGCAGCUCUAGCAGAGGAAAGUUGUGGGAUUAAACUUUGUAUUUCCUUUCUUAUAGAGCUUCUAAAAAGGUAUUUUUAUAUGUUCUUUUUAACAAAUAUUGUGUACUACCUUUAAAACAUCAAUGUUUUGAUCAAAAUAACUAAAGACCCAGCUUAUUUUCUGCUUGCUGUAAAUUUAGCAAACAUGCUGUAAUAAAAAAAUGAAGGAAAUACUGAUCCACUGGAAUUAUUGUAGUUUUAGAUUUGGACUCCAGAGCAUGGUUAGGAGUAGAGCUAUACAUCCUUUGUGGAGUAAAGUCCUUAUUGUGAUAUUUCAGCCGAGUCAGAAAUUUAUUAUUUGACGUCCAAACAAAUGUCAUUUCACAUUCUAAAAGGGGUACUGGACAAAAGCAGCAUGAUAAGUGUAUCUUUUAGUCUGAUCUGUUGACGUUUCUUUUAACUUUCAUUAUUGCUGGAUGGAGUUCCCUAUGGUCAUAAUUCAGAUAUUAUUAUCCAGGUUAUCAACUGCUUAAAAAAUCAGCAAUUGAAGAUUCAUAUAGAACCAAAUUUCUAGUAUCACCUUAUCAAUUUAUAUUUGCCAUAUCAAAAAUUGUGCCAGCAGGGGGGGGUCUCUAAGAGGUGAUAAAACUGAUGACGUUUGGCAUUUACAACUAGUGGUUCUUAUGCCACUGAAUGAAAACAGCUCUGAAAAGCACUUAAUUGCUUUGACCCCACUCUUACCUUUUGUGAGCUGAGCUGAUGGUAAAAACAGCAGAAACCCCACCCAGCAUGCUUAAAGAACACAGUCUUGCAGAGCAAGGUCCUCUGAGGGUCAGUCCCUGGCUGUGUGGUGGGAAGGGGAUGCUGUAUUCGAUACUCUUGCCAGUCCAGCCAGAGUCACAGCUGGGGUCGGGGGGAAGGGAACAUCCACGUGUCCAGGUUGCGGUUCCGAUGUAAGACUGCGGGGUAGCAAGGGCCACACCUGAGCUAUUGUGUCCGCAUGUCCUUGUGUUGUGUGCCUCAACAUUGAUAUAUAGCACAGUUUAAAGUGUAUUUUGUUUUGAAAAUCCAGUUCAUUGCAAGUGUGAUGCAGUAUCUGCCAGUUCUGAUGGUUCUUUCUUUCUC